AUGGCCAAAGUCGAAACUGUCGUCUUUCUUUCUCUCGUUCUCGACCUUUUCGCCUUUACCAUCCCUUUACCCCUUUUCCCUCGCAUCAUAGAAUGGUAUACAAUUCGAGAAAGCUCCAACCCUAACGGCUUCUUGGUUCGCACCCUUCAAUUCGUGACUUCGAUCAGAAGCCUUUUGUACAAGUCCGGAGCUCAAUCGCAACGAUGGGAUAUCGUUCUUCUGGGCGGUUUAAUGGGCUCUGUGUUUUCGACACUGCAGUUCUUCGUAUCUCCCAGAAUCGGAGCAUUGUCCGACAAGUAUGGUCGCAAGCGCAUUCUGCUUAUUACAAUGAUUGGAAACAUUCUGUCCGCACUUAUCUGGAUUCAGUCUACCACAUUUGCGUCCUACAUGCUCUCUCGUGUGGUCGGGGGACUCAGCGAAGGGAACGUGCAGCUAGCAAUUGCCAUUCUAUCCGACGUAACAACUCCCGCUGCCCGUUCCAAGGCACUCGCCCAUGUCGGCAUUGCAUUCGCUAUUUGCUUCUGCAUUGGUCCACCGAUUGGCGCCUAUUUUGCCUCCCGCCCUCUUCCCAAAUCUUUCGAUAGUUGGGGUAUUGGACUUAAUGUGUAUGCCAUUCCUGCCAUUAUCACUCUCGUGCUUCUUGUGGCCGAAACAGCCUUUCUGGUCGUGGCUCUUCCAGAAACGAGAGGAAAAGGAUUCGCAACUGCUAAAGUCAAUGAAAAGUCAGAAUCUAAUGGAACACAUACAAAUGGAAAUGGGGUUCAUAAACCACCCGUUGCGAAACGCUCAGUCGAAUCACGUCUUCAAAUACUUAAAUCUCUGCGAAACUUCCACUUCUACUUCCUGGCCCUAUUUUCUGGAGUGGAAUUUACCCUCACCUUUCUCACCUUUGAUCUGCUCGACUGGUCGAAUACACAAAACGGCAAAUUGAUAGGGUCGAUCGGCAUCAUUAGCGCUCUACUGCAAGGUGGCUACGUGCGGCGAUCGAUGACCAAGGUUGGUGAGGGCAACAUGGCGCAAAGGGGCGUAUCGAGCUGCGCCGUAGGCCUCGUUCUUUUGGCUCUGAUGCCAGGUUUCGUCCAAGCACAGCCAUCGAUUGCCAUGAAGUUGUUACAAGGGGCCGCGGUAUGUAUGUCCUUCACGAGCGCGACGGUCGUGAACUCCUUGACUGCGUUCGCGUCCUUGCAAUGCGAUGAAGGAGGCGUCGACUCGGUGACAGGUAAAUCUGUCGAAGAACACCCACAGUUGGCGAAAGGGACCGCUCUCGGAAAAUUCAGGUCCUCUGGUCAACUUGGACGUGCUCUGGGUCCAUUGCUUGCAUGUGCCUCGUAUUGGACCUUUGGACCAUCUGCUACCUACGCUGCUUCGGCCUUGGCGAUGUUUGCACUUUCUAUGUCCAUGAAAAAGGUCGCGAAAACAAAAUCCGCAUGA